UAACUUCGAUUCUAAAAUACUCUGAAUCACUUUUCCUGCCACUUCUAACUCAAAAUUCUCUCCACUUUCAUUACCUCACUCCCAAUGUCACUCUUUCUCUAUUUGACCAAAAAAAAAACUAUAUCACUGAAACCAACUAAAACAUAAAAUUCCCUUUCCCUUCUGAAAACUUCAUUGUAAUAAUAACAACUACAAGAACAAGAACAACAAUAAUGGAUCCUCUAUUAAACCUUGGAACUCCUUCUCCUACUGUUCCUGUUCCUACAAUUUCCCCCAAUCUAACCUUCACUCCACAAAUCCCUAACAUUUUAUCCCCAAAUUCCACCCAAAUUUCACCACCCACAACUUUACUCAUUCCAAAGCCUGAACCUUUCGACGAUUUCUUAUCUUCCCAAGAUUCCCAACAACAACCCCAUUUCUCUCCCUGUUCUGAAGAUGAUGAUCAAUCUGAUCUCUACACUGAAUUCUACCGCGUUUCUGAGCUUUUCAAUGCUACUUUCGGUAAACCUCUUUACCCUUACUUCGGAACCAAUUAUUCCAACAGUAAUGCUGCUUCAUUGGAGAAUAUGGUCAACGUUCCCAAUCCUGACCUAAAUCUGAACCCUAAUCCAACUGUGGAUUCUCAUGAUAAUCAAGAUUCUCGUGAUUCAAGGGAAUUUGAUAACAAUGAUCGUGCUAUCGUUCCUCUUCCUGCGAAACAGGAAUCGACUUCGGCUGUUGCUGUGGUUAGGAAGAGAGCUAAUCAGGUGAAGGAGCUUGUUAGGGUUUCAGACUUGAGUAUGAAGGAUCAGAUGCAUUUUCGUGAGGUUGUGAGGAGGACAAGGAUGAUUUAUGAUUCCCUUCGUGUGUUGGCGAGUGUUGAGGAGGAGAAGAGAAUAGCUGAGGAGAGGAGAGUGGCUGAGGAGAAGAGAGUGGCUGCUGAAGUUGCGGCUAUGGAGGAGGAAAGAAGAUUGGCUGCUGAAGUUGCAGCUAUGGAGGAAGAGAUGAGGACAGCUGAGGAGAAGAGUGCUGCUUCCGGUGCAGCACCGAUGGAGGUGGAAACACCGAAUGGAAGGCGGAAGCGGCGGAAGCGGAAUCGUAUUCGUGGUGAUAUGAGGGCGGCGGCGUUGAUGAGGAAUCGAGAGUUGUGGUUGUAUCGUGAUAAAAGGAUAGUUGGAUCGAUUCCUGGAGUUUCUGUUGGUGAUUUGUUUCUUUUUAGGAUGGAAUUGUGUGUAAUUGGUUUGCAUAUGCAGAUACAGGCUGGCAUUGAUUAUCUUCCUAAAAGUAGGUGUUCUAAUGGUGAACCAAUUGCUACUAGUGUGAUUGUUUCGGGUGGUUAUGAGGAUGAUAUGGAAUUGGAUGAUGGUGAUGUUAUAAUCUACACUGGUCAUGGAGGACAGGAGAAGAAUUCCUCAAGGCAAAUUUGUGAUCAGAAAUUGGUGGGUGGAAACCUUGCUUUGGAAAGGAGUAUGCAUUACGGGAUCGAGGUAAGGGUUAUUCGAGGGAUGAGGUAUGAAGGUAGUGCUUCUGGUUCUGGUAAGGUUUAUGUUUAUGAUGGAUUGUACAGGAUCGUUGAUUGUUGGUUUGAUGUAGGAAAGUCUGGUUUUGGAGUUUAUAAGUAUAAGCUUUUGAGAAUUGAGGGGCAGGCAAAGAUGGGUAGUGCUGUUCUUAAAGAAGCUAGGGAGAUAAAGAAAAGUGUGUUGGAUCCUAAGCCUUUGAAUUGUGUUUCUGUUGAUAUUUCCAAUAAUAGGGAGAAUGUUGCUGUUAGACUUUUCAAUGACAUAGAUGACAAUCAGGAUCCUCUUUUUUUUGAGUAUCUUCCGAAAACUACUUUUCCGCAGUUUGUGUUUCAUCAGAGUGGGAAAGCUACUGGCUGUGAAUGUGUGGAUAAUUGUGCUGAUGGCUGCUUUUGCUCUAUGAAGAAUGGAGGAGAGUUUCCUUAUAACAUACAAGGGUUGCUCGUGAGAGGGAAGCCUUUGAUUUUCGAAUGUGGACCUUUUUGCUCCUGUCCCCCAAGUUGUCGGAAUCGUGUUGCCCAAAAGGGUCUCAAAUAUAGGUUGGAAGUGUUUAGGUCUGCGCAGACGGGUUGGGGAGUUAGGUCCUUGGACCUUAUUCAAGCCGGAGCCUUUAUCUGCGAGUAUACGGGGGUUGUUUUGACUAGGGAGCAAGCACAAAUUUUAACAAUGAAUGGUGACUCAUUGAUAUAUCCUAAUCGAUUUUCAGAUAGAUGGGCAGAAUGGGGGGAUUUAUCUCAGAUAUACCCUGAGUAUGUGCGUCCGUCGUAUCCAUCAAUUCCUCCUUUAGAUUUUUCUAUGGAUGUGUCGACAAUGAGAAAUGUUGCUUGCUACGUGAGUCAUAGUUCAAGCCCGAAUGUGUUCGUUCAAUUCGUUCUGUAUGAUCACAACAAUUUGAUGUUCCCCCAUGUUAUGCUAUAUGCCAUGGAGAACAUCCCUCCGAUGAGAGAAUUGAGCAUUGACUAUGGAGUAGUGGAUGACUGGACAGGGAAGCUCUUGAUAUGUAACUAAAUAGUUUUGAAAGGUUUGUGCGAAACCGAGUUUUGGGCAUGAAUAGCGGAGGCUUGCCAUGAUUUUGAGAACUAUGCAAGUGCUUGCUAAGUGAACUCUUAUGUCAGGGUAUCCCAAAUCACUUAAUAGCUAUAAUAUCAUUUCAUCAUUUUGUCUAACUAAUGUUGGCUAGAAGAGUACAUGCAUUUUGCCGUGCAGUGAUGAAGAUCAGGAAUUAGAGUUCCAUCAUCAUAUAUGCUUAAUCUUUGAACAGUUCUGCGAUUAUUCGCUACUUUGCUGAUUUAAAUUUGUUUGUCCAUUCCUGCUCUUGAGAUAAGCAUUUAAAAGUCUUAGCUCCAUCUUCUGUAAGCAUAUAGCUUUGCUGUUAUUAACUUUUGUUAUUGUAUAUAAUGUAAGUUCAAAGCUUGUACAGGAAUUAUAUCAGUGGUUGGCAAUGAUGGAUAUAAUGCAGCAUUUUAGCUGGUUUAGAAAGCAAAUGAGUUUAAUGUUUCGUUUUGGCUAUAUUGAA